AUGGCUAAUUUAGCCCCAACUCCUAUGGUUGCUUCUUCAAAAUUGCCAGCUAAUGAUUCCUCCCAUUUUGAAGAUCCAAAAUUAUUUCGUUCUAUUGCAGAGGCCUUCCAAUACCUGACACUUACUAGGCCAGACCUCACAUUUGCUGUUAGCAAGAUUUGUCAAUAUAUGCACAAUCCCACUGUCAAUCAUUGGAGAGUACUCAAAAGGAUUCUUAGAUAUAUUGAAGGAAGUAUGGAUCAGGGUCUCUUAUUUACAGCAUGCACUGACUUUCGAUUAUUUGCUUUUUCAAAUACUGAUUGGGGAGCAAAUGCUGAUGAUAGAAAAAGUGUUACUGGAUAUUGUGUCUAUUUAGGAACAAACUUGAUUGCAUGA